AUGUCUUUUCGACAUUCACCCUCAAUAUCUUCAAGCACAUCCGAUGAUUCCAUCGAUUUACGAUUACGAGCAUUGCUUCAUAAAGAUUAUUUGCGACAAACUGGUUUAGUGAAUCAUGAUGAAAUUUUACUUCCUUAUUCAAAUUAUAAAUAUCGAAGAUUAGAAAGAGAUUCUAUCAAUGAAAAAAAUGCAGCAAGGAAAUUUAACAUUGAACGAUCUCGAAAAUCGUCUAAAAAUCUGAUGUCUCGAUAUCGUGACACAUCAUCUGAAGACGAAAUAGUCAAUUCGAAAUUUCAUCGUUCACGAAGUGCUCGAAUAUAUCCUGAUCGAAAUUUAAUGUCUUCACGAAGAAAUCAAUUCUAUCAUCCUGCGAGUGAUGUCUAUCAAGCAUGUGAAGUAAUGAUGAUUUAUAGAAAUGAUUCAUUAUCAUCAUCUGAAAAUGAUCAAAUUGUAAUAAAACAAAAACAAAAUACUGAUGAUCAAAGACUCAUUGUUUAUAAAGGUUAUUUGAAAAAUGAUGAUACAUUCUCAUUUAAAUCUCAACGUCUUGCUCAAUCUCCUUUCGAUAUAAAAUGUUAUAUCAAUGAACAUGUUGAAGUUCAUCUAUUGACCUGUUGUGAAUAUAAAUAUCGUCAAGGAGGAUUUUGUCUUGGUCAAUCAUUUAUUAUUGAACAUGUAGCAAAAUCAAUUCCAUGCCAAAAAUGCCGACGACGCGAACAAAAAGUGAAUCAAGAGAACAUUCAAUUGAAUUCAUUUCAAACAAAACAAGUUUUGUCUGAUCAUCGAUCUUUAAAAAGUAGACAAAGAAGAACAUCGGAAGAAAGAACAAGGAAUGAUGAUAAACAAAAACAAGAAAAAAGUGAAAAUAAUCAUAUUCAAUCAAACAAUGUGCAUAUAAAGUCAAUCAAAUCAAUUGAUCACAAUGAAAAUCAUCAUGAAAAUUCAACAAGGAAAACUAAGAUGAUUUCAUCGUCAUCAUUAAUAGAAAAAAAAGAAAGUUCAUCAUCUCAACAAGAAAAUAUUCAACCAGAACAUGAUACCAAAAAAACGAAUGAUUCAUCAGAAGUAGAAAAUAAAAAUAAUAUUGUAAGUCUAUUUCACGAAAAAUUAACAGAACAAACAACAAGUGAUAAUGAUAAUAAUGGAAAUUUUUUGCAAUCAUUAUUAUCUAUUCUUCAAAGUGGUCUUCGUAGAAUGGAACAACGUAAACUUUUACCACCACGAUAUGAAGGAAAUGUAGAAGAUUUUGUUGUUAUUCUUUUUGGUACUAACGAUGAAUCAAACUUUAAUCGUUCGAUUGUGAAUUUCGUUAAAAUGUUUAAUAAUAUUGAAGAAUUAAAUUCUUUUAUUGAUACUCUAAAAUUUGAAAGAAUUAUAUUAAUUGUUAGUGAUUCAUUAACAGAAUUUUUUGAAGAUUUAUCUCGAUUUAAUUCAAUAUAUAUUCUCUCAAAUAAUGUCACACGGACAAAUGAUCAUUUUAAUAUUCGUGGAAAUUUUCCAAAUCUUGAAUCAAUCUCCGAAAAAAUAAAAGAAGAAUGUUUGAUCGAAAAUCAAUUUUUUUCAAUUCAAUUUGCAUCAACAAAUGAAACUGCAAAUCAAUCAUUUUGUUAUUCACAAUUAUUAAAAGAAACUCUUCUCAAAAAAGAUAAUGAUAGUAAUUUAAAAAAAGAUUUUAUCGAUUUUUCUCGAUUUCAUUAUAAUAAUAAUCAUAAUGAAUUAACUUUAAUUGAUGAAUUUGAACGAAAUUUCACCAUAGAAAAAUCAAUCUGGUGGUAUACAAGAAAAUGUUUUAUUCGGAAAAUGCUUAAUCGUGCAUUACGUACAGAAGAAAUUGAUAUUUUAUAUAAAAUGAGAUGGUUUAUACAGGCUCUUAACAAUCAAAUUAAAGAAAAUUAUUUUUCAGCAACUGUUUAUCGAAUUCAUCAUUACUCUUCUGAUCAAUUUAGAAAAUUCAAAGAACAUAACGCAAAUGAUUUACUUUCAUUUGGUACUUUUCUUGAUUGUACACUCAAUGAACCUUAUUUAAUUGAAAAUAUUGAUGAAAUGGAAACAAUUUUAUUUCGAAUUAAAACAACAGUUGGUAUCGAGAUUGAACAACUUCGUUAUUUUGAUUCAAAAACAGAAGUCUUACUUCCUUUUGAUAAUGUCUAUCGCAUUGAAUCAAUCGAAGAGAAUAAUAAUGAUUAUCAUCAUUGGUGGACUAUUAAUCUAGCAUAUAUUAGUACAGAUAAUGAGCAAUUGAAAGAAUUAACAAAAGAAAUACGAGAAGAAAUUGAAAGUCCUGUUGUAUUAAUUCAAUUAGGAAAACUUUUAUUAUCAAAUAAUGACUAUUCUCAUGUUGAUUAUUUAGCACGUUUAUUAUUUAAUGAUGGUUCAUUAAAAGAUAAUCUAACAUUAUUAGCUUCAUUGGCUGCUGUUCAUCAUUUACUUGGUUCUGUUGAUAAUCGACAAAAUAAUUAUCGAGCUGCUCGUCUCCAAUUCGAACAAUCAUUAAAAAUAUUCUUAACUUUUAUUCCAGAAGAUAAUCAAAUACUUUCAGCAACAUAUAAUAAUAUAGGAAGUAUGUUUUAUCAAGAAGAUCAACAUGAACAAGCAAUUAUCUAUCAUCAAAAAGCUCUUCAAUGUCAAUUAAAAUCUUCAUCGCCUGAUAUUGAAGCUAUAGCAACAUAUUCAGGAAAUAUUGGAGCUGUUUAUCUUGAUCAAGGAAAAUAUGAUCAAGCAUUAUUACAUUAUAAACGUUCCCUUCAAAUUCUUCAACAAUCAAUACCAAAUGCAGAAUCACAAUCAAUUGCAAUGGUUUAUGAUCGAAUUGCAUCUGUAUAUUGGAGAAUGGAUAAACCUGCUGAAGCACUUCCGUUCUAUCAACAAGCACUUCAAUUAGAACUUAAAUAUCUUCCAGAAAAUGAUCAUAAAAUAUCCGUUUCCUAUUUUAAUUUAUCAACAGCUUAUGCAAAAUUGAAUCGAUUAGACGAUGCAAUUGAUUGUGCUGAAAAAUCUGUUCAACAAUUACUUAAAUCUGUACCAUCAAAUCAUCCAGAAGUCAAAGAAAAUAUGGAUCAGUUAGAAGGACUGAGACGAAGAAAAUGGCUUCAACAACUUUAUGAAUAA